GGGAAGGCGCGCUCCGCUCUUAAGCUUCCACCAAAGGCAAAGUCUCUCGGGAUCCGGCGUCCGACUGAGGGUACACUGGGGACCAAGGGUGCACCCCUGGGAAGAGCGGAGUCAGACCCAGGUGUGCGGGAACGCCGGUGACUGCUGGGGCCUCCUCCGGGGCCGGGAGUGCGGGUUCGGUUCUAGCUUUCACCCCUCCUUCCUCCAUCUGCACUGCCCCCUCCGCAGAUAAACCCCAGCCCCUCCCCCGCCCGUCCCCAGGAUCUGACGUGGUCGACACCUUUUCCAGCUUCUCCCUCCCGCAGCUCUAGUGCCCAAGCUUCGGCUCUCCGGGUUCUGCAACCCUUUCCCUCCCCGACAAUCCCCGCUAGAGCCCAGUAGGUCCCUCCCAGUCCUCACGCCACCCUCGGGCCCGGAAGCUGUCUGCCUGUGCCCCCUCCCCUGACCUGGGAUCCACCCAGCCCGGUGGACCCAGGCGCCCAGACGGAGGUAACCUGCGGCCCUCCCGCCCCCACCCCCUGCAGCUAGAACCGCGCCCCCUCCCCAGAGCGAGGACAGAUACUGAGCCGAGGGGUGGACUCCAGGCGAUCCUGCCCCCAUCCCAAGGGGCAGAGAAAUUGUCUUCUUUUACGGACCCCCUAGCAGGGAAGCAAAAUCAAAGGGAAAAAUAAAAGGACACGGAGGAAAAGUGGCCACUAGAUUAUUUAGGAGAGGCACAGAGGACCGAGAUCGGGGUGAGUCGCCAUGGGGACUCCCAAGGCCCAGCACCCGCCGCCUCCCCAGCUGCUGUUCCUAAUUCUGCUGAGCUGUCCCUGGAUUCAGGGUCUGCCCCUGAAGGAGGAGGAGGCAUUGCCGGAGCCUGGAAGUGAGAGCCCCACGGUGGCCUCUGAGGCCCUGGCCGAGUUGCUCCAUGGGGCCCUGCUGAGGAAGGGCCCAGAGAUGGGCUACUUGCCGGGUAAGGCCCCACAGUGGCUGGACUGGCAUGGAGGUGGUGAGAAAGGAGAGAGGAGCCAGGCCCGGAGAAGGAGCAGAGAGAAACUGCAGAAGGGAGCAAGACUCCCUACCCCACCCGAGGCCAGGAAAUCCAGAGGGAGACAACUGGAGAGUCAGCAUCGGGCAAGGCAGGACAGAAGAGCUGAGCCAGACCCCACUCUAGCCACCCCUCCAGCCGGCCAGACUCUCGCAGCACCCUCCCUGCCCCGAGCCACUGAGCCAGGAACAGGGCCUCUGACCACAGCUGUAACCCCGCAAGGGGCCCGGGGGUCCGGACCCACGGCGCCGGAGCUGCUGACCCCGCCCCCGGGCAGCACGGCCACGCCCCCUCCCGGCCACGCCUCCCCAGUGCCGCCCCUCGGUCCCGAGGGGGCAGAGGAGGAGACCACGACCACCAUCAUCACCACGACGACUGUCACCACCACAGCGACCAGCCCAGUUCUGUGUAACAACAACAUCUCUGAGGGCGAGGGGUUCGUGGAGUCCCCGGAUUUGAGCAGCCCCAGCGGCCGCACUUCGGGGCUCCUGGACUGCACCUACAGCAUCCACGUCUACCCUGGCUAUGGCAUUGAGAUCCAGGUGCAGACACUGAACCUGUCUCAGGAGGAAGAGCUCCUUGUGCUGGCUGGUGGGGGAUCCCCAGGCCUGGCCCCCCGACUCCUAGCCAACUCCUCCAUGCUGGGAGAAGGACAGGUCCUUCGGAGCCCAACCAACCGGCUGCUUCUGCACUUCCAGAGCCCUCGGGCCCCAAGGGGAGGUGGCUUCAGGAUCCACUACCAGGCCUACCUCCUGAGCUGCGGCUUCCCACCCCGGCCGGCCCACGGGGACGUGCGUGUGACAGACCUGCACCCCGGGGGCACCACCGCCUUCCACUGUGACUCAGGCUACCAGCUGCAGGGUGAGGAGACGCUCAUCUGCCUCAAUGGCACCCGGCCGGCCUGGAGCAGUGAGCCCCCCAGCUGCGUGGCAUCCUGUGGAGGCACCAUCCACAAUGCUACCCUGGGCCGGAUCGUGUCCCCUGAGCCCGGGGGAGCGGUGGGGCCCAAUCUCACCUGUCGUUGGGUCAUUGAAGCCGCUGAGGGACGCCGGCUACACCUGCACUUUGAGAGGGUCUCGCUGGACGAGGACAAUGACCGGCUGAUGGUUCGCUCAGGGGGCAGCCCCCUGUCCCCUGUGAUCUAUGACUCCGACAUGGACGAUGUCCCAGAGCGCGGCCUCCUCAGUGACGCCCAGUCCCUCUAUGUGGAGCUGCUCUCGGAGACGCCUGCCAACCCCCUGCUGCUCAGCCUCCGAUUUGAAGCCUUUGAAGAGGAUCGCUGCUUUGCUCCUUUCCUGGCACAUGGCAAUGUCACGACCACAGACCCCGAGUACCGCCCAGGGGCCCUGGCCACCUUCUCAUGCCUCCCAGGAUAUGCUCUGGAGCCCCCAGGGCCCCCGAACGCCAUCGAAUGUGUGGAUCCAACAGAACCCCAUUGGAAUGACACAGAGCCAGCCUGCAAGGCCAUGUGUGGUGGGGAGCUGUCUGAGCCCGCUGGUGUAGUCCUCUCUCCCGACUGGCCCCAGAGCUACAGCCCGGGCCAGGACUGCGUGUGGGGCCUGCAUGUCCAGGAAGAGAAACGCAUCUUGCUGCAGGUGGAGAUUUUGAACGUGCGCGAAGGGGACGUGCUGACCCUGUUCGACGGCGACGGGCCCAGCGCCCGCGUCCUGGCCCAGCUUCGGGGGCCUCAGCCGCGCCGCCGCCUCCUCUCCUCCGGGCCCGACCUCACGCUGCAGUUCCAGGCGCCCCCCGGGCCCCCCAGCCCGGGCCUGGGUCAGGGCUUCGUGCUGCACUUCAAAGAGGUCCCGAGGAACGACACCUGCCCGGAGCUGCCGCCCCCGGAGUGGGGCUGGAGGACGGCGUCUCACGGGGACCUGAUCCGGGGCACGGUGCUCACCUACCAGUGCGAGCCGGGCUACGAGCUGCUGGGCUCCGACAUCCUCACCUGCCAGUGGGACCUGUCCUGGAGCGCCGCGCCGCCCGCCUGCCAGAAGAUCAUGACCUGUGCUGACCCCGGAGAGAUCACCAAUGGGCACCGGACUGCCUCGGACGCGGGCUUUCCCGUGGGCUCCCAUGUGCAGUACCGCUGCCUGCCAGGGUACAGCCUGGAGGGGGCAGCUGUGCUCACCUGCUACAGCCGAGACACGGGCACACCCAAGUGGAGCGACCGGGUCCCCAAGUGUGCCUUGAAGUAUGAGCCAUGCCUGAACCCCGGGGUCCCGGAGAAUGGCUACCAGACACUGUACAAGCAUCACUACCAGGCCGGGGAGUCUCUGCGCUUCUUCUGCUACGAGGGCUUUGAGCUUAUCGGCGAGGUCACCAUCACCUGCGUGCCCGGCCACCCCUCACAGUGGACUAGUCAGCCCCCACUCUGCAAAGUGGCCUAUGAGGAGCUCCUGGACAACCGAAAACUGGAAGUGACACAGACUACAGACCCGUCACGGCAGCUAGAGGGUGGGAACCUCGCCUUGGCCAUCCUGCUGCCCCUCGGCUUGGUCAUCGUCCUCGGCAGUGGCGUUUACGUAUACUACACCAAGCUGCAGGGAAAAUCCCUUUUUGGCUUUUCUGGCUCGCACUCUUACAGCCCCAUCACCGUGGAGUCGGACUUCAGCAACCCACUGUACGAAGCUGGGGACACACGGGAGUAUGAAGUUUCCAUCUGAACGCAAAACCAGGUCUACAGGACCCAGGACACCCACCCCUCCUCAUUCAGGGCAGCGGGAGCACAGGGCCUCAUCUCUGCUCCUGGCUUCCUUUCUCCCUGCUGUGUACAUAGUCGCCCCAUCCCACAAGGGAGCUGUGAUGACCCUGAGACCCUACAGUAAAUAAACCAGCAUCCUGCGGC